AAGGCGACCGGAUGAGGGGACAGCCCUUGUCCCCUGAAUGCCUAUAAUCCACUUUCAAGUCGUCCCAGUUCAACAAGCAAUCAAAGUUACAAGCUGCUUGGCGCAGCGGAAGCGCGCCGGGCUCAUAUCCCGGAGGUCACUCGACCGAAACGAGUCGCAGCUAACUAUAUUUUUUUUUCCCCGUGUCUCAAUGUCCAGCUGGUGCGGGAGGAGCUAUGAUUGACAGGUACUGUACAAUAUGGUACGGGAAUACGAAGAGAAUGAGUGAAAUGUGUGAUACCCAACCUGGUGUCUGUUGUGUGCUGUUUCUAGUUUAUAUUGCUUCCAAAGUCAUAGGACCAUAUAGCAUCUCGGUGCCUCUGCUAAGGUCAUGCCCUUGUCUACUCAUCCCACAUGUAUUGCAGCUUCUCUGUAUUCAUAUGUAUUCUCCUACUACGCCCGUACAAUGCCGUGCCUUCCUAUGGUGCCCAGUCUGUGUCCGUAACCCAUGCAGCAAAUCCUGUGAUGCUUUUCCUGACCCAAAGUUUCACGUUUCCUGAGUAUCUCUCACCAUCAGCGUCAUACCAGGACAGGCAAAAACACUACCCAUGCCUCUCCAAAUGCGC